GAAAAAUUUCAUUUAACACGAGUACACCAAUAAGAAACAGCAGAACGAGCAGUGUGACAAACGAAAAUAAAAAACGCCAAUUUAUGUGCUCCUUUCAUACGCAAUAUGGCAAUAAAAAUCGGUUCUAGUCUGGCGCACUAGCAAUUGACCGUUUCGCGAUAGAGGAAAGUUGCGUUUUCGUGGAAAACUCGAACGGGAAUUGAGUGUGUGGAAAGAGUGAAAGACUUACGGCACAAGAGAAGUAAAUCAGCUUGGUUCAAACUGAAAGGUGGUGAGAUGGAAAAAACGAUACGAGGAAGCUAAAAGAGGAAAAUAGUAAAUAAAUAAUUGGAAAACCCUCCCGUGGGCAGUGCGUUAUAGGAAAGUAGAUUUCUCCAGAAAAGAGAGUGGAACAGGGCAACUCAGGUGAUGGCUGAUCAAAACGAGAAAAUCCUCCACCGUUUGCUGCAAAUCGAUGGGAAUAAGGAGUGCGCAGAUUGCGGAGCAAGAAAUCCCGAGUGGGCUUCAUAUAAUAUUGGAAUCUUCCUGUGUACACGAUGCUGUGCCGUCCACCGCAGUAUGGGAGCCCACAUCUCCAAAGUGAAGCAUCUGAAGCUGGACAAAUGGGAGGACAGCCAGCUGGAACGGAUGAUCGAGGUCGGGAACAAGACCUCCAAGCUGAAGUACGAACGAAGGGUGCCUCCUUGCUAUCGGCGACCCAGGGAGUAUGAUCCACAAGUUCUCAUCGAGCAGUGGAUACGGGCCAAGUACGAGCGGCUCGAAUUUUGCAUGAACGAUCUGCUGCUCUACACGUCCGGCCACAUGGAGGGCUUUCUGAUGAAGCGCGGCAAGGAAGACAGUCGCUACCAGCUGCGCAGGUUUGUCCUGUCCGAAGCGGACGACACCCUGCGCUAUUUUGUCAAAGAGAAACGUGAACCAAAGGCAAUCCUAAGAAUAUCCGAGUUGAACGUGGUUUAUGCUCCUGCCAAGAUAGGGAACCUAAACUCGCUCCAGCUAACCUUCAUGAAGGACGGCACGACGCGUCACAUCUACGUGUACCAUGACGAUCCGAAGGAGAUUAAUGCUUGGUACAUGGCGAUACGUUGUGCCAAACUGCAUCGACUGCAGAUCGCCUAUCCGAGUGCUUCCGAGUGUGAUCUCGUGGAUUACCUGACGCACGAUUUUGCCCGAGAGGGUUGGCUGUUGAAAACGGGACCGCGAACGACUGACAGCUACAAGAGACGUUGGUUCACACUGGACGAUAGGAAGCUGAUGUACCAUGACGAUCCGCUGGAUGCGCACCCCAAAGGGGAAAUCUUCCUUGGCAAUCAACUGGACGGAUACAGUAUUCGGGUAGGGGCACCCGUGGGGGCGAGAGACCAGGGCUUCAGCUUUACAUUGUUUACUCCGGAGCGAACAUACAAUCUCUCGUCCCACAGCGAACAGGAUCGGGACGAGUGGAUGACUGUUAUUCAGAGGGUGCUCGAAAGGCCUCUCAGCCCGCAGGACAGUUCAAUAUCCGCACGCCUCAUACGCAAACGUGGCGGCACCAAUUCGAUAAAUAUUUUCACCGGCAGAUUGAUUUUGCAAUUGAUGAAACUAAGAAAACAGUUCCGAUGAAGAAAACUAAUGAUAAUGAACCGUAACCCUGGGAAUGAAGCGAAUACAAAGUGCAAAAAAAGUUAGUCAAUGAUACAAUUGUGCAUCAGAACCUAAAAAACGAGAAGAGAGCUACACUAGACGAUACCAGUUAGAUAGACAAAAUUCAAUACAUUACUGGAACUAAUAACAAGCGAAAAAAAAAGAAAAGAAAACAUAUGGAUAGCUGCGAAGAAUGUAAAGUUCGUUAUAAAUCUGUAAAACGUAACUCUGCUUCAGUGCAGUGCCGCACAUAACGUAUAUAGAUAAUGCGGAUAGUGGACCAUAUUUUGAACGUUUUUAUUGUGAAAUGGACAGAGAAAAUAAGGAAAAAACAAUAUAUUAAAAAAAACAACUCGUAUCGCGUUCUAUCUUUAUUUGUGUGGAUACACAAGUGCGAGUACUAAACGCUGCUCAAAUGUGCAAAAAUGCAAAGAGAAAAAACCAUCAUCACAAGAGAUCCUUUAUCACUAUCAUUAGCUGUUUCAAGAGGACAGUUCCGAUCGCUCUUCCCAACCCCGACGGAAUAUUUAAUAUAAAGAGUGUGUGAGUGUGAACUAAAGAGAAUGUAAUAGUCUAUUUUUAGUUUAUUUUAUUUUCGUGUAUAUUAGACGAAUAGACGGAAAAUACGAGAAAUAUUAAUUUAAAAACAAGAAUACAACGUGAAAAGGGUAACAUUAUAAUCUGCCAAAUAUAGCUAAUGUGAACGAUAGGAACAAUUGUGCUAGGGAUUGUUCCGUAGAUUGUAAGCGGUUAGAAAUUGAAGCGCAGGUGAAUCAGGUAAAAUGGCUUUCGGUUUCGGUUAGAAUACCAACGGUCGAGGCCCCCCGGGGGAAAAGCACGCUGCGAAGGGAAUUAGUGUGAGACAUUCUAAAGACUAGAAACGAUUUGAAAUAAUAAUAAUAAUAAACGCCGAAUCGGUAACAGCAA